CUCGCGGAAGCGGAGGUCAGGUUAGCAGUUGGUCGUGUUGGUUACUUCGUUAUGGUAAAAAUGACGUGCGUCUCGUGCAUUCGCGCCUCGUGAUAGCUUCCGCGUGUAAUUCGGAGCAGCAGUAGCAUCUCGCCUUGGCGCUUGUUUCUUUCUCCUUUUCCUUUCGUUGCGAAAGAAGACGGGGAAACGGCGCCGCUCGUCGUGGUCCGUAGUGAAGUUUGUCGCGGGAUAAGUACACGCGCCGCCGCCGUCAUCGCCGUCGCUAACGCGGCUAACCUAAAUAUUCGGCGGCCGUAACGUAAUUUUCUCUCGUCUCUCUUUCUCUCCCUGCCUCAAUCUCCCUCUCCUGUCUCUCCCUCCCAGACUUUUUCUCUCUUUUUCUCCUUCUCCAUCUCUCUCACUCUAUUGACACGUCGUCAUCAACGAUAGCCGUGUCUGUCGCGCGUUAACGCGGCGGACUUCCUCGCUCUACGUACUGACAACGCGAGUCAGAAAUACCGCCGAGGAUAUCUUAGUGGGCUGCGAGUGCAUGUCGCGAGGACACGUCGCGCUCCGAACAGUGAUUCUAAAUCGCGACCAAGUGCGCGCCGCGCUUCUUCCGUUGUCCUCGUUUUCGUUCUCGUCCUCCUCGUCGUCGGUGGCGGCGGCAACUCGUCACGCCGACCCACCGUCGCGUUUCGGAAUUUCGCAAGGAGGUGGAACGCCGUGGGACAAUUUCCUGCGUCUCGACAACAUCCUCGAGACUAUUAGUGUGAAUGAACAUAUACGAUCACUAAAAGGAUAACAUUAGUGAAGCACCUACGAAACAGUAAUCAUGGAAGACGCCCAUUGUAAAACUGUGGAAGAAGUAGUAAAUUACUUCAACGUCGAUUCUGACAAAGGACUGUCUCCCGAUCAAGUCAAAAGAAACCAGGAGAAGUAUGGUCUCAACGAAUUGCCAGCUGAGGAAGGAAAAUCCAUCUGGCAACUUGUUCUGGAACAGUUCGAUGAUCUUCUAGUUAAGAUUCUUCUUUUAGCCGCUAUUAUUUCUUUUGUAUUAGCUUUAUUUGAAGAGCACGAGGAUGCGUUCACGGCCUUCGUCGAACCCUUCGUUAUCCUGCUCAUUCUCAUUGCCAAUGCCAUAGUCGGCGUCUGGCAGGAACGGAAUGCCGAAUCUGCGAUAGAGGCGCUUAAGGAGUAUGAACCGGAAAUGGGUAAAGUUGUACGAAUGGACAAAGCCGGCGUCCAGAGGAUCCGGGCCAAAGAGAUCGUGCCCGGUGACAUCGUGGAAGUGUCGGUCGGUGACAAGAUCCCGGCGGACAUCCGUCUCACUAAAAUCUUCUCGACCACUCUUAGGAUUGAUCAAUCUAUUCUGACCGGCGAAUCGGUGUCUGUUAUUAAGCAUACCGAUCCCGUGCCCGAUCCACGCGCCGUCAAUCAGGACAAAAAGAACAUCUUGUUCUCUGGUACUAAUGUUGCCGCUGGCAAGGCUCGCGGUAUCGUCAUUGGAACUGGCUUGAACACGGCCAUCGGUAAGAUUCGUACAGAGAUGUCGGAGACCGAAGAGAUCAAGACGCCGUUGCAGCAAAAAUUGGAUGAGUUUGGCGAACAGUUGUCGAAAGUCAUCUCAGUGAUUUGCGUCGCUGUGUGGGCCAUCAACAUCGGCCAUUUUAACGACCCGGCUCACGGUGGAUCCUGGAUCAAGGGUGCCAUCUAUUAUUUCAAGAUCGCCGUCGCUCUCGCUGUAGCCGCUAUUCCUGAGGGUUUGCCCGCUGUUAUCACAACUUGCUUGGCUUUGGGUACUAGGCGUAUGGCCAAGAAGAACGCUAUUGUACGAUCCUUGCCGUCUGUAGAAACUUUGGGUUGUACAUCUGUCAUUUGCUCUGACAAAACUGGCACUCUGACGACUAACCAGAUGUCUGUUAGCCGAAUGUUUAUCUUUGAGAAGAUCGAUGGUAAUGACAGCAGCUUCCACGAAUUUGAGAUCACCGGCUCGACUUACGAACCCAUUGGCGAAAUUUUCUUGAGAGGACAGAAAAUCAAGGGACAGGAUUAUGAGACCUUGCACGAGAUCAGUACCAUUUGCAUCAUGUGCAAUGACUCUGCUAUCGAUUUUAACGAGUUCAAACAAGCAUUCGAGAAGGUUGGCGAGGCUACAGAGACCGCCCUAAUCGUUCUCGCCGAGAAGAUCAAUCCAUACGGUGUAUCGAAGAGUGGUCUGGAUCGCCGAACUGGUGCCAUUGUCGUCAGGCAAGAUAUCGAGACGAAAUGGAAGAAAGAAUUCACACUAGAAUUCUCACGCGAUCGCAAAUCCAUGUCAUCGUACUGUGUACCUCUGAAACCAACGAAACUGGGAACCGGACCGAAGCUAUUCGUCAAGGGUGCGCCAGAGGGUGUGCUAGAUAGGUGCACACACUGCCGUGUCGGCGGUCAGAAGGUGCCACUUACUUCAACUCUGAAAAAUCGCAUUCUGGAACUGACCCGGCAAUACGGAACUGGUAGAGAUACCCUACGCUGUCUUGCUCUCGCCACUGCUGAUCAUCCGAUGAAGCCUGACGAGAUGGAUCUCGGCGAUUCCACUAAGUUCUAUACAUACGAAAAGGAUCUCACGUUUGUCGGCGUAGUAGGUAUGCUCGAUCCGCCUCGCAAGGAAGUAUUCGAUUCGAUCGCUAGGUGCCGUGCCGCCGGCAUUCGCGUAAUUGUCAUCACCGGCGACAAUAAGGCCACUGCUGAAGCUAUUUGCCGACGUAUCGGAGUUUUUGGCGAGGAUGAAGACACUACUGGCAAAUCAUACUCCGGACGUGAAUUUGACGAUUUGCCGAUAGCGGAGCAGAAAGCUGCUUGUGCUAGAGCUCGUCUCUUCUCUCGUGUAGAACCGGCUCACAAGUCCAAGAUCGUUGAAUACCUACAAAGCAUGAACGAGAUCUCUGCCAUGACUGGUGAUGGUGUAAACGAUGCUCCCGCCUUAAAAAAAGCUGAGAUUGGUAUCGCUAUGGGUUCUGGCACUGCGGUCGCGAAAUCUGCUGCGGAGAUGGUGUUGGCGGACGACAACUUCUCCUCCAUUGUAGCCGCCGUAGAAGAGGGACGUGCUAUUUACAAUAACAUGAAACAAUUUAUCCGUUAUCUCAUUUCUUCCAAUAUCGGUGAAGUUGUUAGUAUAUUCUUGACUGCUGCCCUUGGUCUUCCCGAAGCUUUAAUUCCGGUUCAACUUUUAUGGGUCAAUUUGGUCACUGAUGGUCUUCCAGCUACCGCUCUCGGCUUCAAUCCACCUGAUUUGGACAUUAUGAGCAAGCCCCCUCGCAAGGCCGAUGAAUCACUGAUUUCUGGAUGGCUGUUUUUCCGCUAUUUGGCUAUUGGUGGAUAUGUAGGCGCUGCCACUGUCGGCUCGGCUGCUUGGUGGUUUAUGUAUAGUCCGAAUGGUCCUCAAUUGAACUAUUAUCAAGUAACUCAUCACUUGGCAUGCAUUAGUGGUGGAGAAGAAUUCAAGGGUAUUAACUGCAAGAUCUUCUCCGAUCCUCACCCCAUGACUAUGGCUCUCUCUGUGUUGGUCACUAUUGAAAUGUUAAACGCCAUGAAUAGCUUAUCUGAGAAUCAAUCGCUUAUCACUAUGCCACCUUGGUCCAACUUGUGGCUCAUCGCCUCCAUGGCUCUUUCUUUCACACUCCAUUUCGUCAUCUUGUAUGUCGAUGUUCUUUCGUCCGUAUUCCAAGUGACCCCGUUGACGGGUGAAGAAUGGCUUACCGUUAUGAAGUUUUCCAUUCCAGUGGUACUUCUCGACGAAACCUUGAAGUUCAUUGCCAGAAAGAUCACAGACGGUGAGAAUCCAAUUUACACCGUGCAUUGGAUCGUUCUAAUGUGGGCUGUGUUCUUUGGACUGUUGCAUAUCUGUCCCAUAUAGAACGUCCGCGAAAUAAUAAUAAUGUUAAUCUAGCAGAUGAUGUUUUUUUCCUAUGGAAAAGCAUCCGCGAUUAUAAAUUUUUGGACUCACAAUUGCAUUUAACCGAAGCUCUUCCCACCGUGACGCGGGAAGGCGCGAGAUAAGUUAUUAACAGAGUGCGUUCAAGUGAGAUUUUAACAAAUUUGACUGUUGUGCAUGGUGUUAGUACAACCAUAUAUAUAUAUAUAUAUAUGAGAUACGCCACCAAGGCCCACCAUGCCCGCAUCACACACCGUAUCCUGACGUCGUUCAACGAUCACGGGUUUCGAGUGGCAUCGAGUGAUCUAUAAAGAAAGAGCCCCAGCGUAAAUCAAAGAUUGUGAUCGUUAAAUUAUUUUCUACGAGUGCCUUUUGAACAUUGAAUUUCCUCUGCAACCAAUACGAAAUUGUUCGUAGAUGUUCUUUCCGAUAGAUGUGUUUGAAACGUCCCAAUCCUUGUUCUGUGUAUUAUUAUUUUUGUACCUUUUUUUCUUUGGAGUAUUUUUUUUGGGGGGGAUUAUGCACUCUUUAGUUAGCAACGGAUAAAUUGUGGCAUCAGUUCUAUAAUGCAGUGAAAACUUAUGUUGAUUUAUUGCACGUAUUUCUCCAUCUGCGUUUUUUGCCGAUAUUAAUAAUGUUAUAACAAAUUUUUAUAUCUGUGCAUAUUCGCGGAGUGUAUAAUUAAUCUUGAUCGAUUUGGAAAGUACAAAAUACAGCUUGUUAUAAUCGUAUCGGGAAUAAUAACUUCGGUUUAUAGUGCAGAUGAUAUACAUUCGUGACAUGAGCAGAAGCAUUCCUAUUAAAGUAAUAUUGUAACGUCAAGAGUUAUUACAUAUAAUAGGCGCGUUUACAUAACGAAGACAAUAAAACACUUGGCAGAAACGCGGAUGGAAUGAACAAUUCCUAUAGUAGUGGCUAUAUUAUAUUUGACUUCCUUUUCAUCCUUUUUAUUUUCAGAUUCAAUUUAAUGCACCACGCAUGCAGUAAAUUAGCAUAAUAUUUGGUUUACGCGAUUAACAUACACAUUUCAUAAAUUUUCCGCUUACAUUUCUUUUACGUUGCUUUUGAUGUUGCUUGUUUUAAAUCACAUUUAUUGAUGGGUUCUUAGUGUCUGGUGUUCCUGUUUCAACCCCGAAAUCAGAACCGAAGAUGUCUGAGCGUUUACCGAAAUUUCAAAGGAAUACAAGAACUUCGCACUAACGGAUCUCAUUUUGUGUUCUGCAUACCGUGUCUUCCUUCCCAUAGAGAUAAUCCAUGCACGAUACUAACAGCACGUUUGUAAGACCCUCUCUUGUUGUAAUCUAUUCUUUUUAAUUAUUAUGUAUCCUGUUGUGCCAUGCGAUUAAUGAACGAUUGAAUUUUGCGCAUCUUGUAGAGAAUACGCGCGCACAAUAUAUAUAAUGUUAAUUCAUUUAAAUAGAGAACAGAAAACUUUCAAUAUCUUUAUGAAUUAACUUCCAAUCAAGAUCCAUCAAGUUGUAUGUUGUGCUAAUUUGCUUUUUACAAGCGCAACAAAUAGUGAAAUAAAAUUUUGUAAAUAUUCACAUUUAUAAUCGAUCGUAAUCGGCACAGUAGGAUUUCUUUUAAUUUCUCAUCCUGGUUUGCGACAGCGUCUGUCUCUUAUGUGUAUAAUGUAUUAUACACAUAUUAUAUAUAUAUAUAUAUAUAUAUAUAUAUAUAUAUAUAUAUAUAUAUACAUGCGUGUGUGAUUUAUGUAUUUGAUAGAUUUAUGCAGUACAACAUAGAUUCACUAAUUUCCGGAUAUGAACUGUAGAGAUUCGUAAGUGUAGAAUAAGGCAACCGUCAAGCAGAGGAAUAAUAUAAUUAAUCUCAUUAUUUUUUUUCAAAACAUAGACAGUCCAUAGAUUUUCUAUUGCAUUUGUUCAUAUACAUUAUCAGAGCAGUGUUCCGAACACGAACAUAUUCAACAUGGGGAUCGACUAUACAUUUUCAUUAAUAGUGAUAUCGUUACAUUGCUCGUAGAAAUAAUAAAAUGACGUAAAUUUUUUUAAAUAUAUUCAUCAUUGAUAAUGAAAUAAUUAGCUAGACGCAUAUAUCAUUGUUUAUCGUCUCUAUUCCUAAAAAAUUUUGUGCAUUCAAUUUUUAUUUUAAGCAUGUGCAUAUAUAUCCCAAAUCGCAAAAUUUUGAUUUUAAUGAAAUUUUAUGAAUAUAUAGAGGAGGCCGAAAUAAUUAUUGUUUUCUCUUAUAUAUAAUAUAUAAUAAAUUAGAUUAUAAAUUAUUUAAAAAUGUUAAAAUAAUAUAUUCAAUUUGAUACAUACAAUUUAAUUGGACAAACUGGCUCAAUAUAGAAGAAAUUUUUUAUUGCUCCUGAAGAAGAUUCAGCAAUGAUUACUUAUUAAAGCUAUUUUUUGAAAAUUUUUGGAAAAAAUUAAUGUUUUUCUAAUGAUUCCCUUCUCUAUAUGUUUAGAAAAUUUUAUUAAGGAUUAUCAAUAAGUCUGCUUUAUUGAACUGUGAUAUAGUUUCAUUGGCGAAAAUUUAUUUGUUGAAGUUUAAAUUACGGAGCUUCCCGUUUAUUUUCUCGCUUAUGACAUCACAAUUUUAAAUUACCAAUACGCAGACAUUGCCGAUCCUCAGAACUUUUGCAUUGGGAAAGACAGUCUCUGAUUAUUAUUGAAAAUAUUUUUCGAUUGAAGUGAACAAACGAGUUCGGUCACUGCCUUAGCGUCACACAUGAAAUGAAUAAUCGGUGUCGUAACGAGUACGUGGGCCUUCUGAUGCAUCUGACCGCUUAAUCAGUUCACUCCUUAGAGCGUAUUCUGUCGGUGCAAGAGUAUAAUUCGCGUCUUAAAUACAUGCGUUAAACGGUAAAUUUAACGUGCUUGUCUUAAUCUCGACUUUAAAUUUAAAGCGCUUGUCUUAAUCUCGACUUUUUUCUCUUUCCAUUUAUUAGAAACAUGUUUAGCAAGAAUCUUCAUUUUUCACAAUAUUUUUGAAGCUUAGUUUCUUCGUUACGUUUGAUCCGAGAGAAGAUAAUCAGCACAAGAACAAUGUUAUACCGUGAGACACGACAAUAAAUUGUUUCGAGAAUGGCUUUUACACUUUCACCGACAGUGUACGGUCCAAGGUGCAUCCGGAUCUUCGUAGAAAUUGCCGUAAGACGGCCGCGAUCCAGCGUGCGAGACGCAACAUGCUCCGCUCCUCGGAUAUUGCAAACGCGACAAGACUGACGAUGUGUUCCGCAGAGGAGCGGACGCAUCCGCUGCGUUUUCCGCGCGCGACGCAUAAUAAUUUAAUUGCGCCCUAGCAGGCGCCUUUCAGGAAUCGUGCCGUAGACACGAUAGUGUAAUAUAAUUAAUUAAUUAGCAACGGUUAAGGCGUGAUACUUUGGUAUGGGCAUAAUUAAAACUUAAUCAGACCGAACGAGUUAGCGCUGCUACGCACUAACAAACUUGUGUCUCGAAUAAUGUUUUGUUCCGAGUAAAAUGGAAUUAAUUUUUAAAGCAAAAGAUAAACCGGCGUUUGUAUCUCUCAGCCAACGAACCUGUGUUAUGAAAUCGUUAGUAAAUGCUAUUUUGCGCCUUACAACAAGAUGAUGAUAAAAAUUAUACCGAAGAACGUACAAUGCAACAUUUAAUUAUUUAUGUAAGAGAUUCUCUUCGAGAUUUGGCUCGUUUUUAUAUAAACAAGAAAAUUUAUUAAGAUUUAAUUAAUAUCAAAUUUUUUUGAAGAAAAGAAUUCUGAAAUCUUCUAAAGUAUCUUCCGAUCUUUAUUAAGAUUUAAUUAAUAUCAAAUUUUUUUUGAAGAAAAGAAUUCUGAAAUCUUCUAAAGUAUCUUCCGAUCUUUAUCAUAUCUAAUUAUGAAGGCGCAGAAUCUUGAACACUUAUUCGGAGAGAUGACAGUUAGCACGUUAAUUAGCACAGAUACGCGUGCGGAGAUCAAUGCCGGUACGGAGAUAAUAGAAUUUCGUGACGCUCAAUAAAUUCGGCGAAAUUAAUCGGGGAAUCUGGAUGUGCGAGAUAAUGCAUACGACGAAUCUCGAGAAAGCUCCAAAAAGUAGCUUUAUAAAAUCAUUAAAACUUUAAAAGUCUGGAGAUUUAGUAAAAUAGUAGAGAGAUGAAAAUUUCGCGGAAGAAAAGAGUGUUUUUAUUUUCCUCGGGAUUCGUCGCUCGUUACUCCUUUGCGUCCGAGUCUUCGCUUCGUCCACGAUGUAUCUGUAAGUACUUGAGUGUGUAUUGUAUUUUACGUUGAUCGAGAAUGACGAAGUAGUGCCAUCUCGACGAAAGAGCGCUGCGUGACGUCAUGCAAUUAUUGAUGAGUUUAUUUAAUAAAAAUUGCAAUCUAUAAAUUGCGAGUAUGCAUAUUUCGAUUAGUUUUUGAUGCUGAAUUUGAAAAGAAAUUGAGAUCUAUAUUUAUACUUGUGUCUCUUUACACAUUUAUCAUGUCAUAUAUAAUUUAUUAAUUAUAAUUUAAAAACAAUAAAUUAUACUUUUUUUUGUCCGACAAAAGUUAAAUACUUGUGGCUGAUAUUGUUGAAUAUUUGUCAUCGAUUUUUGUAUAACGUCGAGGCAACUAAACGCAGUGUCCAGCGACGAUGAGACUACAAUCGCGACAUUUUCUGCAAGAAGUACCUACAUUUCUUUAACGAUAAUAAAAUAAAUAUUAAUAUUAUUAACUUAUGGAAUACUAUAACAUUGAGUGAUUUGAAGUAUACAUAUUCGCCGCGAAUGCGUUUCGCAGUGAACGAUACCCGGCAAUUAUGAUCCUGGGUGUAAUCAGAUUCGCGUAGAGAUGAGAAAAAGAUAAAAAUAAAUAAAUAAAUAAAGAGAAAAAUAUUAUAUAACACGAAUCCGAUUGUUGCGCGGAUUAUGAAAUCCAGUCUAUAUAAGAUAAAUAUAAUUAGGUCAUGUAAUUAUUUGUGUCGCCAUUUUUUGUGUUGGCGAUCGCAAUUUCUUUAUUUAUCAUCUGAUUCGUCUUUUUGUCUAUUCUUUUAUGUAUUCAAUUCGAGCUCGUAUAGGACGAUAUUAUAACAAGUGAGAGUAUAUAUAUAAAUAUAUAUAUAUAUACAUAUUGGCGAUAUGGAACAAUUUAGAAUGCAUUACUUGUUAUAAUAAAAAGAAUCAUGUGUUACUAA